AUGGAAAUUCAUGAAAAAAAUUCGAACGAAAAUAGCCAAAUAUUCGAGGAAAAUUCAGGUUUAAUUUUGGAAAAUAUUUUUAUUCCAAAAAUUAAAUUGCAAAAAAUUAUUGAAAAUGGUAACAUAAUCAAAUUGUCUGGACUAGAUCAAAUUAGAGUAAUUUCCAAAGAUGAGUCUAGGAAUAAUUAUAUAUUUAUUGUGUUUUAUUCAAUUUCAAAUGAUUUAAACCGUUAUGAUGAUGUUAACAAAAGAUAUGCUAUAUGGAAUAUCACUGAUCUUAGAGACAAUAAGUGCAGGCUUUAUCUUUUUGGAGAAGUAUUUGAGGAACUCCAAAAUGAAACUAUUGGGCAUUUAUAUCUAAUCAUAAACCCAUCAGUAAUUACUUCCGAUUUGAAAAAUUGUAAAAGUUAUUUGAGUAUUUCAAAAAUAAACCAAGUUAUUAAGGUGGGUAAAGUUAAAGGAUUCGGCAUUUGUAAGGGGAUUAAUAAAAAUGGAACAAUAUGUACAAAUCCAAUCGACUCCAACUAUCAGGGACCACUCUGUAAAUAUCAUGGUUCUUUUAAAUCAAAAGAAAAUUCGAAAAAAAAUUUGAAUGGCAAUCUAUUAAUAUUUUCUUCGAUGAUAAAAAAUGGUAGAAACGAGCUUAUUCACACUGAAAGCACAGAAAAUAUGAAAAUAGACGCACCUAAACACAAUUCAAAUGAGAAUAAAAUACAUUAUAGGAGGUUAGUCAAACAAAAUUUGAACAAAAGCGAGUAUUUCAGUAUUAAUGAGGAAUCAAAACGUACUAGAACCGAUUAUAUUGAAGAUAUAUUAAAGAAAAACGAAAUUUUCGAUCUUAACAAUAAAUUAAAUAAUGCAAUUAAAGAAAAUAAUACUAGUGAAGUACUAAUUAUUCUGAGAUACCUUUCAAACUUUGACACAUCCAAUACAACCCUUGAUCAAAUAAUUAAAAGCGGAAUUAUUUAUUCUAUUUCAAAUCUGGAACUGAAAACUACAGAAAUCGAAACUGCAAUAUUUGCCUUGAAGGUUAGACACAAGUUCUGUAAUAGUAAGGGAUACUGGCCAAGAAUUGUAACAGAAGAACCUGACGAACAUCAAAAUUUAAAAGUAUUAGAAACGCACUUAGAUUUAAGUUGGAAAAAUAUACACAAAAAAAUCUCGUCGUUUGAGGAAGAAAUAUCAGAGAAAAAGAUGAAAAAAGAUACAGAUUUAUUAUUAGGAAUUACAAAAACCAAAAAGCAAAUAAUCAAAAAACAAAGCUCAAACUUGAAUAACGUAAUAUCCAAGAUUGAUAAGGUUGUAUCACUCAAUACAUCAUGUGAUGACGCAAUUCGAAAACUAGAAAACAGUCAACUUAAAAAAAAACUGAUUGAACUAGAAGAAGCGGAUAAUAAAGCCGAGUUUAAAAGAAAUAUCAAUUCCAUUAAAAUUUUAAAUGCAAUAAAAUGCAAAAAAUGUGGCAUUUGGACAGAGGGUAAUGCAAAUCCUGUUUGUAAAGAAGAGCAUCCAGAAUCCAUCAUAUUUAAUCAAAGUGCAAUAAAAGAAUCUUGGCUAUGUAAGUCAUGCAAUGAGCGGAUAUAUAGCAUAAAUGGAUAUUUAAACCCGUAUUGCCCAAAAUGUAAAGCAGAUACAGUGUGUAAUUUAAAAAGGAAUUCGAUUUAUAAAUUGAAAACAAAAUUCCCCAAUUUAAAUGAAACCUUGUUAAUUCGAAAUGGAGAGACAAUGGGCGAAAUGGAGCGCAUAGAUUUAAUUUAA